ACACCCACACAAAGCGGGAAAUUCUUUUCUCGAAAUGACCUCAUAAUUAAAUUAAAAUUUAAAUCUUUUUGCAAACUUUCUGUCUCCCACUAAAUAUAUAUAUAUGGUCAGUCUUGUAGAGGCUCUCCGAAUUUGAUAUUAUUGGAUUUGAAAAAUGGCGGAGAGGAAGAGCAGCAAGAAGCCCCAAAGCCUCAACGACAGUCACUAUCGUCUCCUCCAAGACCUCAGUUCUGCUCCUCUCAAGCCCUCCGAGCAAGGAAAGGCGACUAAGGUGAGGAUUGAAGGCGCGCGCCGUCUCUGUAAGAUUCGAGUGGCUUCCGAUGAUGACGAUGAUCAUGGUGAGGGCUUUAAUGAUGACGACGCGCCCAGUUUCUCCGGGAUUGCUGAUUUUGAGUCGCCGCCGCAGCCGCGGAGGAGUGAAGUUGGAAAUGGCGGUGGAAAUGAGAUUAGGGGGAUUUUAGAUGACUUGAGCUCCAGGCUUGAGUUUUUGUCAAUCGAGAGGAAGGGAGCCAGAAAAUCUAAUAAGGUUGAAGAUUCGGGGAUUUCGAAGGAAGUUGAUCGGGUAAAGAAAGAGAAAGUUGAGUACAAGAAUGCGGCGCCUUCGUUUUCGAUUGCUUCUGACUUGUCUGAUUCCUCUGCUGAGACCAGUAAAACUGGUGGAAAGGGAGUUGAGAGUGUGGUGGAUGAAUAUGAAGAGAAAAGUCAUUUUCAAUGCAAGUUUGAAGAGGCUGAUGAUGACAGAGAUUGUGUGGUUGUGAGGGCUAAGAAGACGGAUAAACAAGUGGGGAGGCGGGGUGGUGGUAGCUAUAAAGAGUACUAUGAUUGUGAUGAGGAUAACGUGGUUGAUGAUUCUAGGGAUGAUUCUGUUCCGGAGGAUGAUGGUUCUAUCACUCUGAGUGGUCUCACAUAUACUUACAAAUUACCUGGGAAGAUUGCAAAGAUGUUGUUUCCGCAUCAGCGCGAAGGCUUGAAGUGGCUAUGGGCUCUGCAUUGCCAGGGUAAGGGAGGAAUCUUAGGAGAUGACAUGGGUUUGGGUAAAACAAUGCAGAUUUGUGGCUAUUUAUCCGGAUUAUUUCAUUCACGCUUGAUUAAAAGGGUAAUGGUUGUGGCUCCUAAAACUCUACUUUCUCAUUGGAUAAAGGAAUUAUCAGCUGUGGGUCUCUCAGACAAGAUAAGAGAAUACUAUGGGACAUGUACAAAAGCUCGGAAGUAUGAGCUUCAGUAUGUACUUCAGGACAAAGGCAUUCUUCUGACGACUUAUGAUAUUGUGCGAGUCAACUCAAAAUCUCUAAAAGGGAGUGACUAUAUUCUCGAUGAUGGAAGUGAGGAUAUGAUAUGGGAUUAUAUGAUACUUGAUGAGGGUCAUCUCAUAAAGAAUCCCAGUACACAAAGAGCCAAAAGUUUGCUAGAUAUACCCUGUUCACAUCGCAUUAUAGUAAGUGGCACGCCAUUGCAAAACAAUCUGAAGGAGUUGUGGGCCUUAUUUAACUUCUGUUGCCCUGAGCUACUGGGUGAUAAGAACUGGUUCAAGGAAAGAUUCGAGUCACGCAUUUGUCGUGGAAAUGAGAAAAAUGCUUCAGAUAGGGAGAAGCGUAUUGGUUCCACGGUAGCACAGGAGCUCAGAGACCGUAUUCAACCUUUUUUCCUGCGUCGCCUGAAGAAUGAGGUGUUUAAGGAGGAUAAUGACCAAACAAAUGCCACACUUUCUAAAAAGAAUGAGAUCAUUGUUUGGCUAAGAUUAACCAGCUGUCAGCGGAAACUUUAUGAAGCAUAUUUAAAGAGUGAGCUGGUUCUUUCUGCUUUUGAUGGGUCACCAUUGGCUGCACUUACGAUUCUGAAGAAAAUAUGUGAUCAUCCACUUCUAUUGACAAAGCGAGCUGCUGAAGAUGUACUAGAAGAGUUGGAUUCAUUGCUUAAGCCAGAUGAUGCUUGUAUGGCAGAAAAACUAGCAAUGCAUAUAGCAGAUGUUGCUGAGAAAGAGGAGUUUGAUGAGAACCAUGCAAAUCUCUCUUGCAAAAUAUCUUUUAUAAUGUCAUUGUUGGAUAACUUGAUUCCUGAGGGGCAUAAUGUUCUCAUCUUUUCCCAAACUAGAAAGAUGCUUAAUCUUAUUCAGGAAACACUGAUAUCCAGCGGUUACAAGUUCCAACGCAUUGAUGGUACCACAAAAGCUACUGAAAGAAUUAGGAUUGUUAAUGAUUUCCAAGAAGGUAUUGGGGCUCCCAUAUUUCUCCUGACUUCUCAAGUUGGUGGUUUGGGUCUUACACUUACAAGAGCUGAUCGUGUGAUAGUGGUUGAUCCUGCUUGGAACCCGAGUACUGAUAGCCAGAGUGUGGAUCGUGCAUAUCGAAUUGGGCAGAAUAAGGAUGUCAUUGUAUAUAGAUUAAUGACUUGUGCGACUGUUGAAGAAAAGAUAUAUAGAAAACAGAUUUACAAAGGGGGGUUGUUUAGAACUGCAACUGAGCAAAAAGAGCAGAUUCGGUACUUUAGUCAACAGGAUCUUCGUGAACUUUUCAGUCUCCCACAACAAGGUUUUGAUGUUUCCCUUACUCAGAAGCAGCUAAAUGAGGAGCAUGAUCAACAGCACACAAUGGAAGAGUCUUUACAAGCCCAUAUAGAAUUCUUGGAAACUCAAGGGAUAGCUGGUGUCAGUAACCACAGUUUACUCUUCUCCAAGACAGCACCACCUCUGCCAGAGGUAGACGCGGAGCAGGAGGAAGUUGAAAGGAUUAGACAAACUUUACUUGCGAGAAGCUCAACUUCAAGUUCGGCACCUGAAUGUAAUGUCAAUGGGGCUGAAUAUGCUUUCAAGCCUAAGGAUGUAAUAUUGAAUAAGAAGAUGCCUUCUUCACCAGCUGAUGCAGGAAAAAUGACAAAAUCAGAGAUUAAAGAAAACAUCACUAGGCUGUCACAAACUCUUGCAAAUAAGGCUUUAGUUUCAAGAUUGCCUGAUAAGGGACAGAAAAUACAGAGGCAAAUUUCUGAACUGAAUGCUGAGCUUCGUAGACUAGAGAAGGACGUAAUUGACUUGGAUGAUGUGACUGAGGAGCUUAAAGGAGUGGUGAUAUAAGACCAUGAUAAUGUUGCUGAAGAAGGAAACAAGCAUGGAAAAAGUUAAGCACGCUGUUAUCAUUAUAAUUUUGGUCGAAACUGUCAAUUGAAAGUAUCAGCGUACUAGCUCGUAGUCUCACAAAGGAGCGGUGAGCAUUUUGUUCUCUGUCCAUGUAUGUUGAACUUGAAAGUAUUUAUCAAGAUGAAUUUUACUUUGAAAGCCA